AUAAUCCAGCCGCCACUGCGCCGUGCAGCGAGAUGAAUGGCUCUGGCCGGUCGGGGACAGCAAUUACUGGUUUUCUGGCAGAACGUUGUGUUGGAAACGGAGUGAACAUGGUCGCUACCGGCGACACGGCCGGGUGGACGGUCAGGGCCGAAAGAGUCCUCCUGGAGUGGUGCCCCGCGCCGUGAGGGUAUGGGUGCUUGUAGGUCCGGCGGCUUCGGUCGAGGGGCCGGACCCCGGAUAGCCGGAUACCCGGUCAAGUGCCGGUGCUAAUAGCCAUCUCUCCUCCCCCACACCGAUCGAGCGACCAUGGACCAGCAAGCAACGUCGCCGACGACGGCCCCGCCGUUCGACUUCGACUUUGCACUCGAUCCGAACUUGCUGCAGCCAGGCGCAUUCCAGCUCCCGCCAUCUGCAGACCUCUUCAGCACGCAGGACAACCUCUUGUCGACAGACGAGGCGAACGACUUCUUCGGCUUUCUCGAUGACCUCCAGCAGGUUGACUUUGAGAAUCUGGAACUCCCAACCAGUCCUGGGAUCCAAUGGCCAGACCAGCACCGCGCGUCGCCGCCAUAUUCUAAUCCCCAUCUGCAUACCGCCCCGGAUCCCUCUACAUCCCAGCGACCCCGCGCGGCCAAGACGCGUUCGGCAACCGCGCGCAAUAACCUCCGCUCCCCCACGCACGAUCAGCAUUCCUUCUCCGGUAGCCCCCAGCUCGCUGACAUCAUCGACCCGCCGCCCGACGCGGACGGCGACGACGCGGAGGGGAGGGGAAACGGCAGCAAGACCGUGCUCACGCAACCCCAGAAGCGGCUAAACCACAUCAUGUCCGAGCAGAGGCGGAGGAAUACCAUACGCGACGGCUACGCGCAGCUCAUCACCCUCCUCGCGCCCGCAGGCUCCGAACCGCUUGACAUGCCCACGCGAGGGAGGCCGAAGGGGAGUGGGAGCAAGGACAAGGGGAAGAGCAAGGGGAAGAGUGGGGUGCUCUUCAGAGCGGUGGAGUACUGCAAGUGGCUGGAGGAAGGAAGGGACGCGUUGCAAGCCGAAGUCCUCAGGCUGGAGGCUGCUGCAGGCAUACAGCCACGAUAUUCAUGAACCCGCUUAACGACUACCGAUUUGUAGAUACCCAGUGACAUUCGCUUUCAUACCUCGCGCUCCCCCAUCGCUAUCCGCUUGCUAUGCCUCGCAAUGACCGCGUAUUCGUCUGCGCCCGCCCGCGCAACACCAUCCACCAACUACCUCAAGCACUCGCUAUUCAUAAAUAGGCAUUAGGCGAUAUGUACAUGUACACAGGACCCUUCUUGGUAUAAGCACCACC